ACUGCUUUCUUGACAUUACCGCAUAUAGCAAUUAUGAAUUCAGAUAUGGACUUUGACGAUGAUGCACCGCCUAUGCUGGUUUCUGCCGACCAGCCUGAUGAUGCUGAGAAUCUCUCCAACCAUGUCGAUGACCUGAACUUGACUAGAGUUCCCAUUACUAUUAUUACAGGAUACUUGGGCGCUGGAAAGACAACACUGAUGAACUACAUUCUCAACGAACGCCACGGAAAGAAGAUUGCAGUCAUCUUGAACGAAUUUGGCGACUCUGCAGACAUUGAGAAGAGUCUGACCGUCAGCCAAGAAGGUCAACAGGUCGAGGAAUGGCUCGAAUUAGCCAACGGCUGUCUAUGUUGUUCAGUCAAAGACACUGGUGUCAGUGCCAUUGAAUCACUGAUGGAGAAGAGAGGAGCCUUUGACUACAUCCUACUGGAGACAACAGGCCUAGCAGAUCCCGGAAACCUUGCUCCGCUGUUUUGGGUCGACGAUGGUCUAGGCAGCACCAUCUACCUCGACGGCAUCGUGACUCUGGUGGAUGCAAAGAACAUCAUCCGUUGCUUGUCCGAACCUACUCCGGACGAAACUCAAGCAGAUGAGAACUCGACUACUGAACACGCCCAUGGCCCUCACCUCAGCACCGCACAUCUGCAAAUCUCCCACGCAGAUGUAAUAGUCAUCAACAAAGCAGAUUUGGUCUCAGAAGCAGAGCUCGAGCAAGUCAAGGCCAGAAUCUCAUCUAUCAAUGCACUUGCAAAGAUUCACGUCACAGAACACAGCAAAGUUCCAGCACUGGAAGGUGUACUGCUCGACCUCCAUGCCUACGAUCAGGUUGAUGCCGAUAGCAUCGAUUUCGCCAGCAAGGGCCACAGUCAUCUGGAUCCUGCUAUCUCAACGACCACAUUGACGCUACCACCUUUGUCAUCAGCACAACUGGACAAACUGGACACAUUCCUGCGAAACAUCCUAUGGACGCGGUUUUUCAUCUCACAUCCAGAAGCCGAAGGCGUAUCUGUCGAGUCUGCGGGCUCAAGACCAGAGAUCCACCGUACCAAAGGACGUCUGGUAAUGCAAGAAGGUGGAGUCAAGCUUCUGCAGGGUGUACGCGAAGUCUUUGAAUUCAUCGAUGCUGCAGACGUCGGUGCUUCGAACGACGGCGCGUCUGCCGACAGGGGAAAUGGCAAGAUUGUCUUCAUCGGACGUAAUCUGGUUCCUGCCGCUCUGCAGAAGACUUUGGAAGAUGCUGUUCUAGCAUAAUGAAAUUACUUACUUGUAUUAAGGAAAAGAACGAGAUAUGAAGAAAUGGGCCGCGAGGCAUUUGGCAAUGGUUGAAAACAUGUAGAGAUUUAUAUACAAAGCAUGCACUGUAAGAUGCUACGUGCACUGUCCCCUUG